UAUAAUGCUUGAGUUUAGUUUGGCAUUAAAGUUCAUGAAUAUACUCACUGUGGCUUCCAAAAUGUUGAUUAUUCCAUCUUCAGAAUGGCUAUUUUUAAAAGAAAAAGAAUGAUCAAUGAGAGCUACUUCAAUGGAUUUAUACUCCUUGGAUUCACAGAGCACCCUCAACUGGAGAUGAUCAUCUCUGGGAUUGUCUUUUUCUUCUACACCAUUGCCUUGAUGGGAAAUAUGGCCAUCAUCCUGCUCUCUUUCCUAGAUGACCAUCUCCAAACUCCCAUGUACUUCUUCCUUAGAAAUUUGGCCAUCUUGGAUCUCUGUUACACCACAAAUAUAGUCCCACAGAUGUUGGUCAAUACCUGGGGUAAAGACAAGAGAAUAACCUUUGGUGGCUGUGCCUUUCAGCUUUUCAAUGCUGUCACACUCUGCAUAGUUGAAUGUAUCCUUCUAGCUGUGAUGUCUUAUGACAGGUUCAGUGCUGUCUGCAAGCCUCUGCACUAUACAGCCAUAAUGAACUCACAACUCUGCCAGGGCCUGGUGGCCAUGGCCUGGUUAGUUAGUGUUAUUAGUUGCAUGAUCCUUUCCCCCUAUGCCAUGAGUCUUCCUCGAUGUGGAAACCACCUAGACCACUUUUUUUGUGAAAUAUCUGCCAUGCUGAAGGUUGCAUGUGUGGAUACCACAGCCAUGGAGGUAGCCACAUUUCUUGCAUGCCUUGUUAUAGCUCUUGUUCCUCUUCUUCUCAUUCUGGUCUCAUAUGGCUUCAUUGCUGUAACCGUACUCAAGAUCAAAUCUGCAACAGGGAGACAAAAAGCAUUGGGAACUUGUUCUUCCCAUCUCAUUGUGGUAUUCAUCUUCUAUGGGACUCUAAUCUACGUGUACAUACAACCAGGAAACAGUCCAAAUCAGGAUGAGGGUAAACUUCUCAGUAUCUUUUAUUCCAUUGUUACCCCCAGCUUGAAUCCAUUGAUCUACACACUAAGGAAUAAAGAGUUCAAGGGGGCCAUGAAAAGGCUGAUUGGAAAAGAAAAGCCUUCCAUGGACACAAUAGGACCCUGAUUUUUUUUCCCACCAAACUCCAAAGUGAA